AGAAAAUAGUCUGCAUCAGCAAACUUAUAUCAUCGAACUUUAUCGCGAUAAGUUGUCUAUUGUCGAAAGCUGUUGCAUAAAAGAGGAAUCACCAGAAUCGGAGCAUGAGUUUGAACAGUCAUACCGAAUACACGUUUAUUACAAUGGCUACGAGGAUGUUUAAUUAAAAUGGCGGCAAGUGCGAUAAAUUUUCGGAAAUGUGGCAAGUGGCAACUGUUUAAGGAACAAUUAGAAGAAUGGUUCAAGUCUGCUAAUGUGGAGGCAACUAAAAAAGUGUCGAUCUUAGUCAACUGUCUCAGCGCGAGAACGUACAAACUGUUGCGAGAUUUGUGUACACCCAUUGUUCCCGCAGAGAAAACCUACGAGCAGCUAUGUCAAUUUUUGGCAUCUCAUUUCACACCUACGACAGCGGUUCACCGAGAAAUGAGAACAUUUUUCGCGGCAAAGCGGGGUGCAAAGUUUUUGCUCAAUCUUUGGAAAGGCGUGCCUCAAAACGGACGUGAUCCCAUGUCCAACCCGUAUGAUGUAGUGUGCUGUCCACGAACGAACCGUGCAGGCGGCGGUGCUUGUAUUUUUGUCCACCAGUCGUUGCAGUAUGAUGUAAUGAAGAACGAAGAAUUUUUAGAAGGCAGCUCAAUAAUUAUCUAUUUGCGUGAACCACGAGUUAAAGUUGCAGUUAUUUAUAGACCACCUCAUGCCAGCCUCAAUGAUACCAUCAAUUAUUUGGAUGCUUUACUUGAAUGUAAUUCUAAACUACUGUGUGUUGGGGAUUUCAACAUUGAUCUUCUCAGCGAACUCUCCCGAAGCUAUGUAUCAAUGGUUGAAUCCAACGGUUUCGCGUUUUUUAAUAAAGUCGAUAGUGAAUAUGCUACCCGUAGAAGUAAUACAUCUAGAACGAUUAUUGAUCAUGCCAUAACAGAUUUGUACUGUCAAAAAUACUCCAUAUGCUUGGAUGACUUAUGUUUCACUGAUCAUAAAUCAAUACUAAUAAGCUUCGGCCUCAUCCGUUCAAAAAAAGGGAAUGUAGAAAAACAAAUUAUUAAAUACAGUUUCGAUCGCAUCUCUCUUGAGCUGGCGCAAUCUGUAAAUACAACAGAGAGUUUGGAAAGUUUAACGGCGCUCAUCCAUGAUACAAUGGCAAGGAAUUCAUUUAUUGUUCAUAGUAGAAACAGACAUCGUGGUAAGCCACCAUGGAUUGAUGAUCAUGUGUUAAGGGAGAUCCAAUUGAGAAAUCAACUGUACCAAAGAACAAUUCAAUGGCCUUCAAACCAUGUAAUUCAACAAAACUUCAAAAGGCAAAAACACUAUGUUACACGAAUUAUCAAACAGAAACAGAAAUUGUAUGAUCAAAAUCUGAUAGCGCAAAAUCGUAGCAAUAUUAAAAAGGUGUGGAAUAUAUUGAACGAAAUCGUUUUCCAUAGAAACACUGAAGUCCGUCAAAACGCUAUUUCCGAAGUUAUUAUUGAUGAAACCACUCUCAAAAAUGAAACAGACAUAUGCAAUGCUUUCAGUAGUUACUUCAUAAAUUUACCAUCUAAGUUGUCCAAAGACCUGUUACGAAUGUUUAAUAAUGAACCAAAGAGUCGUACGCUCCAUACUGUUGUUCAAAAUUCCAUCGUUAUUCUACCAGCUAAUGAAAUAUGUAAUUAUGUUCAUAGCCUAAAAAACUCGAAUGCUGUUGGAAUAGACGGCAUUUCAUCUAAAUUCAUCAAAAACAACAUAGCUAUACUAAGCUCAAGACUAACUGAUCUGUUCAACCAAGCUAUAGAAGAAGGUGUUUUUCCUGAAUGUUUAAAAGCAGCGAAAGUGGUACCAAUUCACAAAAAAGGACAAAAAAGUAACAUUAGUAAUUAUAGACCUAUAUCAAUACUCCCAACACUGUCCAAACCAUUUGAAAAGUUAAUUGAACAAAGGCUAAGAAGUUUUUUGAAUCGUAACAAAAUUAUUCACAGUAACCAGUACGGAUUUCAACCAAACUCAAACACAACUAGUGCUAUUGUGAACAUCAUUAAUACAAUUCAACAGAACAUCGACCAGCGCAAAAUGUGUUCGACAAUUUUCAUUGACGUUUCAAAAGCUUUCGAUUGCGUGCAUCACAGUAUAUUGUUGUCUAAAUUAGGAAGCUACGGAAUAAGAAAUAAUGCUCUUGAACUGUUUAAAACUUACUUAACCGGCAGAAAACAACGUGUCAUCAUUGGCAACCACACCAGCUCAGAUUUGACCGUGAAAUUCGGAGUACCUCAAGGUUCGGUAUUAGGCCCACUGCUUUUCAAUGUUUUAUCAAUGACAUCUUUAAGCUUCCAUUGAAAGGGAAGCUACAGCUAUAUGCCGAUGAUGCUGCACUAGUAUACGAAUCAAAUAAUAUUGAACAGUUAUUUCGAGACAUGCAGCUCGAUUUGAACUUAAUUCAUAGGUGGUUCUACAACAAUCAACUAACAAUCAAUGCUUCUAAAACAAAAUAUAUUAUAUUCUCCAGCACUAAUCGUUUUCGUGAUGCAAGUAUUGAUUUAUGGUUAGGGAAAGAAAAAAUAGAAAGAGUAACCUCAAUAACGUACUUGGGGCUUAUAUUACAAGAAAACUUAAAGUGGAACCUGCAUGUUAAUAAAACUCACCGAAAAAUUGUUCAGUUUCUAGGAGUUCUUCGACAAUCUAGUCAUAUGCUUCCAAUGACAGAGAAAAAGAGUCUGUUCUAUGCCCAUGUACACGCGCAAAUUUGUUAUUUGAACAUAAUCUGGCAAAACGCACCGAACUAUGUAACAAGUAAAAUCUCUAUCACUUUGAACAAAUUCAUGAGAACUAUUUUCUGGGAACAAUAUUUGGAUCCCAAUAUAGAACCAUAGAUUUAUACAAAACAAAUAACAUAAUGACCUUAAGUCAAAUAAAUUACUUCGAAUCAGCCUUGUAUAUUUAUAAAGUCAAAAACAAUUUGAUAAAAAACAAUUUAGAUAUUCAUCUUUUAAGUGAAACACACCAAUACUAUACGCGAAAUAUGGACAAUAUUAGAGUUGCAACUCCAAGAACCAAUUAUAUCCGUUUCGGCUGUAUCUAUCCUGCCAUUGCUAACUUCAAUAAUUUGCCAACCGAUGUAAAAAAUAUUCCUACAAUCUAUUCUAAUCUAUUCUAAAAAAAUUCUGAAAAGAUACGUAACUGAAAAUAUUGUUUGAACAUUAGACUCAAUUAGAUCUAAUCAUACUCUCAUAUGCACAAACGAUCAUAGAUGAAAAACCUCCCAAUCAGUCUCACGACUGUCUGAGGUUUAUUAUAAUUUGCACUAAUUGCAUUACAAAGUAUUAGUAAGGGGAUAAAAUAACGAUAAAUUGUAAACUAACCUUAAGGAAACUAUGUGAACUGUUUUGAAAAGGGGUUUUUAUGCCUGAUUGAAACCUGCUGAAUGUAAAAAUGUUUCCAUCUUGGCUUUUCCCCUUACCGGAAAAAAUAAUAAAUAAAUAAAUAAAAUAAAAAUAAAAUGCAAAAGUGAACGGGAAUAGAAGGUGUGACUUUAGGCUUAGAAUUUUUUUUCCCUCGUCCAGGCAGAGAUUGCGGGUUCGAGUCAAGAAAACUGCGACACAGAAGAGGAGAGCGAUAGUGUUGCAUCAUAAUACGUUGC